UAAAAUUAAUGCUGUUUGAUCUAAGCAACCCCCUAUAUAAUCCUGAACACGUACGAGAGCAAGAUAAUUUUGUAACUUUCUACGACGCAAGAAUGAUAGUUAUCAUGGACUAGAUUCUGGAUAUAGACACAAAUUCUGAUGCCAUGGAAUGAACUUCAUUUUUCGCCUUCUUGUCUUUCACGAUUUUUUAAUGUCACGGUGAGAAUUGGCCCCAGGUUGCAUGGACAUCUGGACAUGGCAUGAAAGAUGACUCUGGUUGAAAGUUGACAGCAAUAUCAAGGUGAAAUUUUUGGACAGUGUCUUCGAUAAAAAUGGAAAGCAAGAGUAUUUAUUAACUUAUUAUGUUAAUGACACAGAAGUUUAGUCUGCUGCAGAGGUUGACGACGUGUUCGCUGUUUUAAUCGGAUUGCCUUAAAUGCUUUCUACCGGUCACUGUACAUUACCUUUUGUUAUCCUAUAAUAUUUACAGAAUUGGAAGCCGAGUUUGGAGGUUCACUAAACCGUCAUGGUUUCAUCGGGUAAACGAGGGGUGAGACGAAACCUCUUCUCAACUCGGAAUUCUUCUUUAACAUCCCCCUGGUCUACGAACAAGACACAUACUGCCCUCUUUACAAUGCUUGCUGCUUUUAUUGGUGGUCAAAUCCUUCUCACUGGAGUAUUUCUUAUGAGAGCAGCGCCCCCUUGUGACUGCCGAUGCCAGUGGCGCCCGGACCUGGAGAUGACGAAAGCUAAAGCAGCCCGAAGCAUCGUUAGUGUUUCAACAGAAACAUCAGGUCAUCAUAUAGCUGCAGGGAUCUCGCGGCCAAACGACGCCAUCAAACUUGGCGAAGAAUCUAUUCCCAAUCAAAGGAAAGUGAAGAUACCUACUGACCAUGCAGUUAUUCAUGUUGAUUCUGAUCUUACGAACAAGACUAGUCAUGUAGAAAAGCAAGAUACCAUGGAUAUGGAACCACUACAGGGAUUCGGGAUUCCUGAUCCCUUUACCAUCUUGACAACAACUAACACGGCCUUCAGCGACUUGACUGAGAAUUGGUUGGAGAGCUUGCGACGGUUGGAACGUCCCUACAACAUUACCCUAAUCGCAGAGGACUAUGGGGCUUACCAGUACCUCAAUGGCCACAAGGACGUCAUGGAGUCUUCAAAGCUACGGAUCAACCUGAAAUUCACGGACCAGAACGUGAGCCAUUCUAAAGCUCUUGGGUUCUACACCAAGGAAUACAUCCAACUCGUCGGGAAACGUCCACAUUACAUCCUUGACAUACUGCGUACGGGAGCUGGUGUCCUCUUUGCUGAUGCUGAUGCAGUAUGGCUGAAAGACCCUGUUCCUCUCAUCACCGAUACCUACUCAAAGUAUGAUAUAUGGGUGGCACUUGGUGAAGGAGGACAAAUUCCUUGCCCUUGUUUCAUGUACAUCAAGCCAAGUCCUAGAUCCACAGCAAUGGUCAAAGCUUGGCAAGCCAGGAUAGAAGAUCAACUCAAUACAACAUCUCCUGAAAAUGACCAGGGAGCAUUGGACUGGGUUAUGCGUAAUCAUAUCCGAUAUAAGAAGUUACGGGUUAAGAAACUAGACAUGACUGCAUUUCCGACUGGGCAGUCUAUGUUCUUGAAAAAGGGCUGGUACGCAGCUCAUAAGAAUGAAAUAUAUGUUGUGCACGCAAAUAAGGUCGGCGGAUAUGCCAAGAAGAAAUUCGUAUUGAGAUGGAAAAAGCUUUGGUUUCUUGGAAAAGAUAAAAAGGAAAAUGAUACUCAACCAAAAAUAGAUAUGUGAUUAAUUAUUAUUCAAAUUAUAGGUCUAGGUCUUAAUUCAAAUUAUAGCUCUAGGUCUUAAAAUUAAAUAUUAAGUCUAAUUCAUGCAAGUAGAAAUAAGCCGUUCAUGAAGGCACAUUGAUAUUCUUUGAAUUCAAUUAGAACUGCUCAUUCAUGACGUCAUAAACAGGCCUAGCUAUCAAGAAUCAUAUUCGGUAUAUUUCAUAGUCUUCCUAGUCUUGUACGAUUUCGUUUUUCUGCUUUCGCACAAAGGAUACUUUGGAGACAUUCCAAGGAAUGGUGGAUAUAAACAUGAUAAAUAGAGUUGCCAUGGAUAAUGACACAAAUUAUUCAACUUGAUAGGGUCCCUGACACAUUAAUGAGGCAUUGCCAGAAACUCAUGUUUAAUUGCAAAUCAAGCGUGAGUCAAAAAUCAAAUGUAAUAGAGUGUUACUUGCAAUAACGUCAAGAUGUAUUAGAAAAAAAAAUGUAUUUUCUAACAGGACCUGUGCUUCAUUUGUUUUUUUCUUACUUUGUUCUUGAAUGAAUUGAAAUUUUCUUAUAAUGCCUCCUGCAAUCUGAUCAGAUAAUAUCCUACAGAAAUUUCAUGUAGGCUUAUCUUCUAGCGAUAUGUUAUAUGCUACAUUUUCCAGAACAAUUACAGAAUUUUAAAGAAAGAUAUUGGAGAGUUGAGUAGAGGCAAUAUUUAGGAGGGAAAGAAAAAUGAAUGUCGUUAUGAAGAAAUGGGGAUGAAAACUUAUUAUGUUGCAAUGAGAAAACACGGACAAUGCUAAGAUUAACAAAUAUACUCAACGAAUAUUGCAUUCAUGAUAAUUGGUACCAUGUACACGGUAAUUAGCAGCCAAAGAAACAGUGGCGUAGCUACGGGGG